CCCCUACCCCCCCUCUCCCGGGCUUAGAGCUAAGGAGCCGCCACUUCCUUCCUAUCCUAACCAACCAGCUGGCCUUACACUGUUCUGAGCCCUUAGCUGAAACAAACCCUUCCACCUUCUUUCCUUGGAGGGCAGCAGGGGUCCCACGUUUCUGGGAACUUGGGCUGUCUUUGCUCCUCCCCUCUGGGGCAGAGACUGUGGGGUGGGGAGCAGUGACUUAGUACACUGAUGUCAUAGCUGAGCCAUUUCACUUUCCUUUUUCUCCUCUUUGGAGGCCCCUGAAGGAGUUCUCUCUGGGCUUCCCAGAGACUCCGAGAGAGGGUUCGGUCUGCCCUGGACCAAGUUCAGGAUCCCUUGGGGUCUGUGUAGGGGAUGGCAGAAGGCAACAGUGGACUCAACAGCUGGACCAUCUCCGAGGAUCAGAAUGAAGAGGAGUCAGAGGACUAUCAGCUCAUGUUCAAGCACUUCAAAGAAAACAAAGUGGAGAUCGCAAGCGCCAUCACCAAGCCAUUUCCUUUUCUCAUGAGCCUUCGAGACCGAGACUUUAUCUCGGAGCAGAAGUUUCAGGAAUGUCAAGAAACAUGUAAGAACCUGGUCCCAGUGGACAGAGUGGUGUAUGACAUCCUCAGUGAUGUACAGAAGAAGUUUAGCCGGGAUCUUCUGAAAGUGAUAUUCAGCAAAACGCAUCUGAAGGCCUACCCCGACUUAAAGGAUACUCUAAAAUUCUUCUUCCUACAUGUUUCUGACAAUCACAGGACUCAUCACAGGAUGAAUGGAAGAGAUGUUGAAGAGAGGCCCAGAUUGCUAUCAGUCGUUACUGAAGGUGAUUAUGUUUUUAGAACACUAAUUACUCACUGAUACUAUUUUCCUGCCUUAAUCCUUCUCUAAUGAUCAUUACCAACACACACACACACACACACACACACACACACACACACACACAAGCAUGUAGCCAUCCAUAUAUCUACCAAUCUAUCAACUAUAUAUACCCAUCCAUUUACUCACCCAUACACCAAUACAAACAUCUAACUAUCCAUAUGCCUGCCAGUCUAUGCUAUUCAUCUAUCUAUCUAUCUAUCUAUCUAUCUAUCUAUCUAUCCAUCCAUCCAUCCAUCCAUCCAUCCAUCCAUCCAUCCAUUCAUCUAUCCACCCAACCACCCAUUCAUUUCACUCCUCCUGAUCCUCCCUGUAGAUGGCUAGAUUAUGUUCAAUAUUUGAAUUUUCUCAGGAGAUACAAGCAGUAUAGAAGCUUCAUGUUAAACUGUUUGAGAUCUGCCUUGAGUAUAGACCACACACCAAGAGAGGGAAGCUGAGAACUUGAGAUGCAGCCAAGGAUCUUCAGUUAUGAGUGAGAGUGUUUCACCUAACUAGACAUGGAGUCCUAAUGUCAUCAUUUGGGUUACAUUACUGAGGAGCACUGGUCUCCUUCAGACACUUUUUCCAUGGUUGGGCCAGAAGUGUGGACAUGAUGAAUAAAACGGAAACUGAGAAAAUUCCUGGAGAGGACUUGGGAAUGGAAUGUCCUCUUCAUCCACAGUGAACAGAGACUUAGGAUAUAAAAGGACAAUGAGCAGACCAUACAGAAAGGAAGGAGAGGAGAUGCUUAGAUAAAACUUUGUCAGAAAAAACAGAAACAGCAAGCUUACCAAAGAAGCCAGACUGAGCUGGGGAAAUGAAUGCUAUGGGGAAAGGGCUAGGCUCACUUAGAACUUGAGGUGUAGAGUUGAAUAUGUGGAGAAAAUUAUAUAAGGUGCAGAGAUGCUAGGCAGCGGUAGCGCAGGCCUUUAAUCCCAGCACUUGGGAGGCAGAGGCAGGCGGAUUUCUGAGUUCAAGGCCAGCCUGGUCUACAGAGUGAGUUCCAGGACAGCCAAGGCUACACAGAGAAACCCUGUCUCAAACCCCCCUCCCCCCAAAAAAAGGUGCAGAGAUGAUAAUAGCAUAGAGGAAUUAUCAGCCCACAGAGGAAAAAUAAAGAAGAAUGAAUUAAAAACUAGUAGGAGGCCAGUUAAAUGACACUCAUGUCAAAUGACCUGAGUUUGCUCCCUGGGACUCAACUUCUACACAGGAGAGGGCUGAUUCCUAUAAGUUUUCUUUUGAACUCUACCUAUGUGUCAUGGCAUGUGAGACACUCUCCCACCCCAAAAUGAAUGUAUCAACAACAACAUUUUAAUUCAGUUGAGGGCAAAACUUAUCUUCUGGGAAGAGAGGAAACAGGUUGAGACUUUGGAGGGACUGAGUUAGGAGCUGAAACCAACUUUUGGCCUAAGGUGAAUACAUCAGCUGUGGGUUUUCAGAUGGUGGUGUCCCCAACUCUCAAAAGUGGCAUUGGAAAACAUUCAGGGGCUGUCAGUCGCACCCAGACAUUCUUACCUGCCCCAUCUGUAAGUUAAUGAUCCCCAAACAUGAACCUUCACACUUGCCUGUCAGCUUCCUCAUGUGCAGGCCUGGCUGUCUUCUUUUAGCUCCUGCACAGGUAUCUGGAUUCUUCAAGAACUUCAGUGUGAGGCUCUGGCACAGUUCCAUAUGAUAAUCUGAAUUCACAGAGGACCUGCCUCCUGUGCUGGUGUCUCUGUUUCAACAUGGAACACUAUUUCUCAAUUCUGAAGCAGGGUUGGUACUGACUGCCCCUCCCUAAUGUAAAACAGUCUUCCACUUACUACAUCUGUCUAUUCUUUUCCAACAGAAAAGGAAAAUCAGAUUUCUCUAAUUUUAAUUUAUUAUAUAUGUAUAUAUAUACAUAUAUAUAUAUACACAUAUAUUUGACAUAUAGGGUGUCAAAUCUUCAGGAACUGUAAGUGCAGAGAGUUGUAAGCUGCCAUAUGGUGCUGAGAAUUGACUCUGGAUCCUCUGGAAGAGCAAAACGUGUUCUUAAUCAUUGAACCAUCUUUCCAGC